UCUGGCAGCAUCGCCCGCUCUGUUUGCUUCUGCUGAUGUGUUGUGUUUUGUUUCUCCGUGGAUUGUCGUUUAAUGGCUAAUUAUCUGCAAAAACCGCACAAUGACUGAGAAAUUUAAUGGAUUUAGCCACGACGAGAUCCUCAAGAUUACGGGCGUGAAGGAGGGUGGCGUGGGCAAAAGGGCUGCGAAUUUGGAAGCAGCGAAGCAGGCGCUCCGGAAUCAACCCGGCAUUCGGCGGAUGCCCGAUAAGAUCUUCCGGCAGGCAGAUCAAUUACGGAAACAGCAGCAACAGCAACAACCAACUAAAAAACCAGAUGAGACGAAGAAGACCAAAUCGGGAUCGGUUACUCCCACGGAAAAGCCACAGCCACAAACUCCCACGGCGGAAGAUGACGUAGCCAAUGGAUCGCUGAACCUAGAGCGCGCCCUUUCAGAUUCAUUAAUGGAAGCACUCUACCAUGGCCAUGCUACAGCGAGAGAUAACAAGCCAACUGCCACGUAUGCGGAUGCUGCCGCCGAGAACAGCGAGGCCACAUCCACGGACGACAGUUCGAUACUGAAGAUCAGCAGUGGUAAUAGCCAGACCACGAGCUCCACUUACGAUGCCAGCAUCCUGCCGAGCAGCAAGGACUCCAUCUCGCAGGAGCGCCUCAACACGGACUCGCCCUUCAAGGGCAUCUCGCUCAAGGACUUCGAGCAGCACCGUCGCAUGAUCGAAGAGCAAAACAAGCAGAAGAAGCAAUUGCUCUACCAGGCCAUCGAGCAGCACACUCAGAAGUCGGCGGCGGAGUCACGCAAGAUCGAGGAGAUACGCCAUGAGCUGUCCAAGCUGGAGAGCGAUCUCGCCGUGGAUGUGGCCCUGCUAAGGAAGCAGAUCGACAAUGCCUGCAUACAUUUUUCCCAUGUAGAAAAACAAUAUGUAAAGAUCGAGGCUCAGUUCCUGCGGGCCAAGAUAGAGCUACACAAUGCUUCCGAGAAAAAGGAGCUGCUCACCGAGCAUCUUUGCACCGUAAUUGCCCACAACGAGGAUCGCAAGGCGCAGAAGCUCACUGAACUGAUGCAGAAAGUGGGCCUGGCGCCAAACGAUGAGCCCCCUGCCAUGCCCCCCAAUCCGGAAGUCUAAUGUUUUUCGUUUAAUUCAAAUAUUCAGUCCUGUUUCCCUUAAUUUGACUAUGGAUUCAAAAGUACUGCUCGCUAAAAAUAUAAAAUGUC